AGAUCAUUUCAGCUCCUACAGAUUUUCUUUUUUUGGACAAAUACCAAUGCUUCGUUUCAAAAAUAUUUUCCCCCUUUAUACAAGGGAAUUACCAACUAAAUUAUUUUCUGAAAAUCAUGAUUCUACUAUUUUUAAAUAUAACAUUUCAUCUUUGGAAAACCAUAAAAAAGCAAGAAAAAGAUUUUGUUGCAUGAAAUCUGAAAACUUAGGAAAUCCACAAAAAUGUUUAUUAAAAGCAGUCACUGAUGUUGAAGCCAUAACAAUGGAGGAAAAUAUUGAAGUUUUAAAUACUCCUAAAUCCAGUGAUGGAAUUGGAAUUGUGGAUUUUUUUGGAGGGAAGAAUGUUCUUGUCACUGGUGCUACAGGGUUUCUCGCAAAAGCUUUGGUCGAAAAGAUGCUAAGAACAACACCAAAGAUAAACAAAAUCUAUCUCCUCAUUAGGGCAAAAGAUAAGGGAGUUGCAUUUGACAGACUAACAAGUGAAAUUAUAGAGUCAAAAUUAUUCAAAGGCCUAGAAGAAAUACAUGGUGAAUAUUACAAGCCAUUUAUGCUAAGUAAAUUGGUUCCUGUGGUUGGAAAUAUACAUGAGCCAAACCUUGGUAUGGAUAUUAUUACUGCUCACCAAAUUGCUGAAGAAACUGAUUUGAUCGUCGAUUCUGCAGCGAACACUACAUUUGACGAGAGGUAUGACAUAGCUCUUGAAGCUAAUGUAAAUGGUCCAUGUCAACUCAUGAUGUUUGCCAAGAAAUGCAAGAAAUUAAAACUUCUUAUGCAUUAUUCCACAGCAUAUGCCAAUGGAGAAAGAGAAGGCUUAAUUUUGGAGAUGCCAUUUACCAUGGGAGAAAGCAUAACAAAGGAAAAAAUCACUUCAUUUUCUCCUUUUACUAAAUUUUCAUCCCUACAUGCUAUGAGUGAAAUGGACUUAGUUUCAAAGUUGAAGAAUGCUAUUACUACAAACAAUGGUUUGGAGCAAAUAAUGAAGGAUUUAGGCAUUGAGAGGGCGAAGUUAUAUGGAUGGCAAGAUACAUAUUCAUUCACGAAGGCCAUUGGCGAAAUGAUGAUUGAUAGCAUGAGAGAGGAAAUACCAAUACUCAUUCUUCGUCCCUCUAUGAUAGCAAGUAGUUUUAAAGAACCUUUUCCGGGAUGGAUACAAGGAUUCAGGGUAAUUGACCCUUCAGUUUUUUUAUAUGGAAAAGGGGACCUCCCAGCCUUUCUUGGUGAUCCAGAUUGUCUUGUUGAUGUUGUUCCUGUUGAUCUGGUUGUAAAUGCUACAAUGGCUGCAAUUGCUAAGCAUGGAUAUUUACAAAGUCCAGAAGUCAAUGUCUAUCAUGUGGCAUCAACAUUUGUGAAUCCUUUCUCAUUAUAUCAACUUUUCAACUAUUGCUAUGAAUAUUUCACUUCAUUUCCUUUAGUUAACUCAAAAGGAGAUAAAGUGGAAGUCAAGGAGAUGAAAUAUUUUGACAAAAUAUCAGACUUUUCAAAUUAUAUUUGGGAGGAAUUAUCAAGGCAACAUAAUGUACAAGAUUUAACUGAAAAAGAGCUAUUGAAGACUCAAAUGCGGUUUAAAAGAAAAGUGGAAUAUUUGAAGCACUUUUGCAAACUCUAUGAGCCAUAUGCAUUCUACAAAGGAUGGUUUCACGUUGGCAACAUGAGAAAUUUAAUGGAAGAAAUGUCUGAAGAAGAGAGAAUAAGCUUUGAGAUUGAUGCAUCAAAGAUAAAUUGGAGAGAUUACUUAACAGAAAUUCACAUUCCUGGUGUGAAAGAACAUGUAUUGAAAGGAGGAAGACUACCUUCCUAAUAAUUAUAUAUUGGCAAAGAACAUUUAGUUGUCUUUGUAUUACAAACUUUUGCUUCCUCUAUUGUGAAAGGAAAGAAAUGGAACUAGUUUUAAAAUUUCAUUUUAAA